AUGUUCGGUAAACGCACCCUCUUCUCCCUGCCUGCCUCUUUCCUCAGGGUCCUCAACCCAAGAUUUUCCAUCCUACCAGCUACAAAUAGAUCUCUCGCGACAAUGGCGACCGACACGUCCACUUACAAACUCAACCAUACCAUGCUUCGGGUCAAGGACCCAAAGCGAUCGGUUGAGUUUUACAAAUUCCUAGGCCUGAACCAAGUCCAACAGUUAGACUUCCCCGAAAACAAGUUCUCUCUCUACUUUCUCGCCUACAACGGACCCGAGUCGCUACAGGGCGACCGUCACUGGACCGACCGCCAUGCCGUUCUCGAGCUCACCCACAACCACGGCACCGAGAAUGACCCCAACUACAGCGUCGUCAACGGCAACACAGAACCACACCGUGGCUUUGGACACCUCGCGGUCUCCGUCGACAACAUCGAACAGGCCUGCAAGAGACUCGAGGACGCUGGAUACCAAUUCCAGAAGAAGCUCACUGAGGGUCGUAUGAGGCACAUUGCCUUUGUGAAGGAUCCCGAUGGAUACUGGGUCGAGAUUAUCCGCCGCAAGGAUGAGGAUUACAACACCACCACGGACCCCAGCACCUACCGCCUAAACCACACCAUGCUCCGCGUGAAGGAUGCAGAGAAGAGCUUGAAAUACUACCAGGAUGUCAUGGGCAUGACCCUCUUGAAGACCAACGAGAACAAAGAUGCUGGGUUCAACCUGUACUUCCUGGGAUACCCUGCUUCGAACGCCAAGGUGGCUGAGGGUGCUAAGAACCCGGUUGCUGAAUGGGAAGGAUUGCUUGAAUUGACAUGGAACUACGGUACUGAGAAGCAGGAGGGCCAGGUUUACCACAACGGUAACAAUGAGCCUCAGGGAUUUGGCCACAUCUGUAUCUCCGUGGACGAUCUGAAUUCCGCCUGCGAGCGGUUCGAGGGCCUAAAUGUCAACUGGAAGAAGCGCCUAACAGAUGGCCGGAUGAAGAACGUUGCGUUUGUCCUUGAUCCUGAUGACUACUGGAUCGAGGUGAUCCAGAACGAGACUCUGAAGCGCACUAGCAACUGGUGA